GCUGAUACCCUGCUACGCACGUUUGGCCGGAGCGCGCGGUUGCUGAGGGUUUGGUCCGUGGCCACGUGCGCUCUCGUUUUCUCGCGCGUUUUAACGCAAAAUCGUGUGUAGCUGCGUCAUAUUUAGCUUUAAUCUGUUUCUUAUGUGAACCGUGUGUUUGCGUCGCAGUAGAAAUUAGCUAAGGAAUAACUUAAAAGCGUGAUAUCCCCACGUGAGAGCCGGCGUACGUGAGCCGGACAUGCCUUAACUUGUCUUUAGCCUGGAAUUAGCCGGUUUCGCUCUUCAACAUGGAUUAUAAAUUUCCUCAACAGCUUUUCCCACAUUUUUAUUUGGACGGACCUCCGAAUUUAAAAUGGACGCAUGAUUAUGGAGGCCAGGGCUCCUACGAACGUCUGCUCGAGACAACCAGGGCAUCUUUUCAGACAGGGGUCGAGGAAGAGUUUCAACACCGGUUUCAACCACAGCAUAUGGUGGAUGGAGAGGUGUGGGUCCCUACCGAGCCAAUUGUAACACCACUUCUCUCUCCUUCACCAGGUACUGAAGAAUUCUGUGGUCAACCUGUCAGUCCAGAUGCCUUCUUUGAACAUAUGCAGUAUUACUAUGUGGAGCACUGCAUGGAUGCGUUCUCAGUGAUGGGCCGGCUGCUCGGAGAGCACUUCACUUUUUCUAGAGGGCAACAUCAUAAGGAAGCUGCAAGAGUGAGUAAUAUGAAGAAAUAUCUAAACAACCUAAAUAAGAAAAAGUGCGAGUUGCAGCAUUCGUUUCGGGCGAGCCAAUAUCACCAUCUUCUGGGUGACAUUAUCCCCGACAUUCCCUCCUCUCUCCUUGCAGAGCUUCUGCAUGAGGAGUUGCGCCAUCAGGAGGAACUGGAAUACUUUCAACCAGCCACAACUGGGGGUGCCCUCGCCUGCCUUCCAAGUCUGGAAUGUGAGAAUGAAACCUUUCUGAUUUAUCCGAGUGAAGAAUCUCUGCGCACCAUCAAUUUUCACCCAAUGGGUCUGGAAUUCAGUAAAGAUAAACCUCCUGUUGUGAGUGUGGCAGAAAACCCUUUGUUCUUCACACUGAAUGGACCAGUGAGGCAGGUCAGUGUGGCCCAGGUGGACGAUGUAGGAUUUAUAGGUUUGCGCUCAGAUCAUUUCUGUUCAGCCUGGUUAUUAAGAAACUCUCAACGUCCUUGUCCAGCAGAAGUGGUGCAGUUGAAGGAACGUGCCACCAGCCUUAAUGUCAGUCCUCAUGUUUCUGAGCAGCUUGUCAUAGCCAGUGAGAGUGGAGCAGCCUAUCUCUGGGUUUUGGAAAAGGGACUGCAAAAAAUACGAGAUGAGAAAACUAACCUGUACUUCAAUGCCAAAUCAGCAUGGCGAUGUUGUGACUUCACAGCUCAUCCAUGUAUAACUGUUUUCGCUGAUAGAACCGGAGCAGAACUUACUGAUCUCAGGAGCAAAGAUUGUCACACAUUGUUCCGGAUCAGUGGGACAGCUGAUUGUAAGAGCGGAGAGAGGGUGGUCUUGAGCAAAUACUUGCCACAAAGCCAUGCAUUUCACCACCUCAUCACAACACAGUUCUCCGCAUACCUCCUGGAUGAACGAAUGCCUUGUGUGCCUGCCGUGAAGUGGGAGCACAUGAUGGAGACUCCUCCAUGUUUUGCUCAUGCUUUGGGUGAAGGCAACAACUCCCAAAUCCUGCUUGGAGCACAGAGAGCACAGGAGACAAUGUUGCUGCAGUAUUCAGGUGGAAGAGAAUGGUCAUGCCAAGCAGCUGGCCCAAUUCAAAAACUCUACAGUCCCUGUGAGAGCCUGAAGAUCCGGCAGCUCCCACACAGACAUCACAAAGCAAAAGUGAGGCUGGCCUCGCAUGCAGCAGGCCUAUCUGCAGUUCAGAACAAUGGCUACCUGUGUGUGCUCCAGCUCACAGAGGCUGGGGAUAUAUUCUACCAGAUGCUGAGACAUAUUGACCCAACCAACUCCGAGCCAUAUCAGUCAGAUUCAGCAGAACCUGCAGCCAAUACAACGUCUGCUAUACAACCCCAAGAUUCUUUCGAAGAAUACUGCAACUUUAAAACAGAACGAAUUCAACAUAUGCUUGACAGUGAUAAUGAAGAUGGCUCUCAUACUGCAGAUGAAAAUGGGGUAAGAACCCCUGCAGAAGAAAGGAUAAACUCUAAGGUUGCUUCAGUUCUGGAGUCAUCCCUGCCUUCUUCUAAGAGGGACUGUGCUCAUUUACUGAGGCCAGCAAACCCCAAAAUGGCUAGCUCCCAUUUAAAAUUAAUCUGGAAAAAAUGGCUGGAGUCUUUCUUAACAUGCAAUGGAGAAAAUAAUUCUUACUGGAAACACUGGGAAAUACCCACCAGUGAUGUUAUCAAAUUCAAAGUCCAACAAAGAGACAAGCUUGCAGAGGACAAGUUUCAAAGAUUGAGAAAAGACCUGGCAGACAAGAGUAGGAAGCUGCUUGUUCAUGGGGUAACAUAUCUGCCUCCUCUAGAGGUGACCCCAGUUCCAGAUGAGGUGAUCCCUGAGGACUGGCAAGAUGAUCUUAGUCAGCGCCUAAGGGCCUCAUGGAUGGAUGGUUUGAGUAGCUGGUGGAACGAUAAACUCGGUCUAAACCGGUACACCAAGAUUAAGGCCUUGCGAAGAAAGCACCUUCAGGCAAAGAGAGCCAAAGCUAAAAACAGAAUUGCACUUUCCUCAAGCUUCACCUCUUCUGUCAGCUACCAGGAUGAUCUUUCUGAAUGGUCAUCAGCCACAAGUCAGUAUCUUGGUUCGGAUGCAGAAAGCAUUUAUAACUCUCAAAGUGCACCAGAACAUGAGGCUAUUUCUGACCAAGAUAAACCAGCUGAGUACACAGAUUUUAACAGAGCGACUCUGAAUACAAAUGGGUACUCAGGACCAAUUAAAACUUCUUUUAAAAGGCCUAAGGAAACAGCAAAAAGCUUUGAGCAGGAUGAUGUCAUUGCUACUUCCCAGUUUCUUGCAAUGGAUGUCCAACAACUGCCCAGCCAGGCCUCUACCAUGGAAAGCAACUCUGUACUUCUUUCUUCCUCAGUACCUAGUUUGAAAGAACCACAUUCUGUCCUCCCCAAGCUGAGACAGAGGCAGCAGCAGGACUAUCACUCUUCCGGCUUAGAGCUUGGGCAUAAUGAUGAGAUCGAUGCAUCAGUUGGUUUGAGUACCAAAUCGCAGCCUUCUAGUUUUUGGUCACCAUCACGGGCUUCAUUGAGGACCUCUUCCCAGGCUUCUAAACCCCAGAAAAAGAAGUCCCAAAUGGGAUUCUGAAUGGUAACAUUAUGAUUUACCUUGAGUGUUAAGAGGCCCAAAUCUGUUCCAGCAUGACCAUGCCCCUGUGUACGGUGCGAUCACCAUAUAGACAUGGCUUGACGAGUAUCUUGUUGAUGAAUUCAGACUCAAAAGAGCCCUGACUUUGACCCCACUGUGUUCAACUUUAGAGAUGGAUUGGAACACCACCUGCAUACCAUGGCUUAUUUUUCUGCACCAGCCCAAUCUCACUAAUGCUCUUAUGGCUGAAUAAGCACAAAUUCCUUCGGCCUUCAACUGCUGCUUCAACAUAAUACAAAGCUUUCCCAGAAAAUUAUGGCUAUUAAUUUUUAAGGUAAUUAUAGUAAUAACUAGAUAAUAAAUGCCUUAUUAAUGCCCAUGGUUUUGGAAAUUCAUGUGUCUGGCGGUCAGGUGUCUGUAUAUAUUUAGCCAUAUUGUUUGUUAAAGGAGAAACUUCUUUCAAAACUAAAACUUUGGGCUUGGCUGAUGGGUUUUUUAGGGAAGGGUGUUGUGAAGCAGUAAAACAUUUUUCCUACUGUAUUUAGUAAAAUAUCCUGAUGUUAAUUUACUUCCCUAAAGCAGAAAACCAAAAACUAUUAUUACCCUGUCUGGCUAAAUGACGCUGCAAGCAGAUCUCUGCGAUUUGCUAUCCUCACAAGUCAGGGCGAGGCACUUCCUCUUUUCCACAGCGCAGGGUGAAUUGCCAGAGGCUCUCUGACAUCAGGAGUCAGCUGUUCAGACGUCAUGAAUGUGAACAAACAGCUGAAAGGGUUUUUGUUCUGGCUUGCCAAGUUUGUGCAACACAAACAUGUCCUUAGAAGGAAAUCAUUGGAUAAUCCGUCUCACUUUGCAAAUUGGUCUGAUAGAGGAAGUUUCGGAUAUGUCAUCAAUAUGUUAAACACUCUUAUCAAAAAACAAAAAAACUAAAGCAUAAUUCUCAUUAAAUGUGUUUACAGUGAAAUAUUUAAUGUACUUAGCAAUUCUGCUGUUGAUUUGAUUGUUGGUGCCAUAUACUUUAAAUUCUUAGCAGUUCAUGGUUGUCUGCUGUGGAGGACCUUUCUAGCAGUUGUAAUGAUUUUGGCAGGAAAUUUCAGUGCUCUUAAAACAUGUUCAAGUUCCUAAAAACAAACCAAAAAAAACAAGGCAUUGGCUUUCCCGUUCACCAUUUUCCAGUUGCGUUCAGUGCCAUUCAGAGGAAUCCAGUGUAGAGACAGAAAAUAUUUAUUUUUCCAUUAUCUACUGUUCAUGUGAAUAAAAACAGACAAGCUUGCAUUGAAAAAUACUUAGUUUUAUAUAACAUGACAAAAAUAAUAAUAAAUAAAAGUUAGUAUCUACAACUUACUAUACAUUUUUUUGUACAUUAUACAAAUUUACAUUUUUUUUGUAUUGACAUUUUUACAUUUUGUGGCUUUUUUUUUUCUUCAAGCAUUUCCUUUUUUUCAGUCACACACACACUUUGGCUAAUUUAAACCUAACCUGGCAAGUCACGUCACCGAACUCAAACAUACCAAAGCAUACACACACACAAACAAAACACAACCUGACUGUCUCAACCUGAGCACAGUCUGAAAAGCGAUUGAUCCGGACAAGUAUCCAUGACAAUCGUUAUAUAAAACUGUGCACAGUACUGGGGUAAAUGUCCCAGAAAUCAACAGUCCUUAGUUGUUAAACAGUCUCACAGAUAUUGAAGGAUUCUGUUGUCUCCUGGAAUGUGGCAAACCUGAACAUGCACCAACAAUUAUUAACACUUUUUUUUUUUUUCCCCAGGUUGUAAACCUUAGCUGCCUGUGCAAUUUUUUUUAACUUAAGUUACAAUCGGAAGAAAGAAUGAUCAGUAUUAGCUACAGUAUAUGAAAUAGAAUAUAGAGAUUUAAAGUAAAUAAAUAAUAAAAAAAAAAAAAAA